ACUUCAGAAAACCCGUUUAAAAUAUCAUCUAUUAUUUUGACAUGUGUCUUUAGUUUGUAUUAUUUGCAUUCAACUUUCAAAUAUUGAAUUGAAUUCUUUCACGAAAAUUUGUUGUUUAUUUUCGACUUUGGAGUUGUGAAUUUAUCAAAUUCGAUGCAGGUAAAAAAGAAUCGGAUGCAUCGGUGACAAAGUGAAAUAUGAACGUAGUCCAACUCGGAUUUACGACUGUUGUACAAAGCAAUCAAAAAAAGAUUAGACGCAAUAUAAUUGCCCGUUGAGCAGAUAGAAAGCAGAGAGAAAAACAAUCAAUUCAUUUAUCAAAUAUAUCACUGUGAUCAAGUAACCAUUGCGAAAACUCUCUGCAAUGGAAGCAAAAGAUAUUCUAUCUUAUUUUAUGGAAUUAAGCCAUAGUCAAAACGAGUAUUUUCAGUAUAACUUGGCAUCGAAUGCAGUACUCGAUUGGUUUGGUCGUACAAUUCAAGGCAACAAAUGUAUCGAACGAUUUUUUCAAUACGACGUAUGGCCACAGUAUGAGCAGAACUUUGUCGCUGCCGUCACAUGCGAUCCAAUUGAAACCAGAUCAACUCACGAACAAGCAAAAGAGACGCCAAUCGAGAAUGACAUACUGUGUACACCAAAAGAUACACCAACAUUUUCCGGAUAUGAUAGCCCGCCACCGUCAAAACGAAAUCUUGACCAUCCGCCGCCGCUUCAUCGAAACAAAAAGCAUAAGAAACGUGUAAAACAGUAUCAAAUGUCAUCUUCAAGUUCGGACGAUGAAUUCGAGACCGACAAUAAAACGUACAAUUUGCGUCGUACGACGUGUGAAGGAGUCCAAAGUAAAAAUGUGAUCAAAUCCGAAUCGAAAAUCGUGCAACAAGAUGGACGAUUACUGCGAAAACGAACGGUAAUUGAAGAAAUUCCCAAAUCCAAUAAUAAUGAAGACGAUCGCAGCUCAUCGCCGAUGAAACGAUCAAAGAAAAUGCUUGACAGUGUCAAUGAAUUAUCAUGUCCGUCAUCAAGCACCGAUGGUUGUUCGUCGGCUAAUUUUAAUUCUUCAAAGCCAUAUUCAGAACUUAAGUAUUUAGAAUCGAUUGGAUCAAUUCGAACGAUUCGACGUGCAAAACAUCCAGGCAUUAAUAAACUUCCAACGACAAAAUCCAUUACAGCCACACCAUUCGUUUCGCCAGAGUCACAAAAUGGAUGGGAUCGAAAAACAAAAUUGAAAAUUUCUUAUCGAACCGGAUUGGUACAAAAGGACGAUAUUCAAUUUGCGUUAAUUAUUUACGAACCUUUGACACACGUCACCCGACGCAAUUUACUAGAUGAAUUUGAAAAGGCCGCCGAAGAAGAAAAACACGAACAACAACAACACAAAGACAAAGUAACAAAAUUACUAUUUUCGUCGCCGUCCUUUGAAUCGAUUCAAAGUCCAAGAGACCCAUCCAUUUUAAAAACUCCAACCAUUCGCAAUAAACCGAAAAAUGAAAAAGUUUCAUCUUUGCGACGGCUACGAUUUUAGUUUAGAUAACAUGUAAUCAAUUUUUACAGGAAACUCAUGCAACAUUUUUCGGAUGUUUGGAUAGAAUGUCCUCGUUGCAUUAAAAAACACAGAAAUAUGUUGAAAUUACCGAUGUAUAAAUAAUAAACUGUUU